UCUAACAUCGUUACGCUAGACGACCGACUCAAAAUACAUAUAGCAAAUCAAUAGAUAAUCAGCUUACUCUGUUACUGUGUGACAUGUUCUGCUUUUUUGAUCUACUGUGACAAAUACUACCAAAGAGAGACUCUUAUGAGAGAUUCACCCGUAGUUGACAUUAUCGUGUAUGCGAAUCUGCGAUAUUUUGAUGGUUCGUACGCCUUGAUGCCGUAUCUCUACUUUAGAUACGCCCUGAUCCCAAGUUAUAGACUGCAGGACGAUUUCAGCAUGCGUGCAUCAUGCAUACAGACAGACAGGCUUCUUGUACCCUCUCCCUAAUUUCCUCCAGUACGUCGCGGUUUGUUAAUGCACCAUCUGGCACUCGUCCUAGCUGUUAUGUCUAACCUCGGAACUCAGGUACGUUAUAAGCUAAGCGGACGAUGGGCUCUCGUCUGGGGGACUCGAUAGCACCUUAGCAACGUCACAAUGCAAUGAGCAUCCGAUGGGUUUACAUGUUACAGGUUAACACAGUCAACCUGUAUCUUCGCGAAUACUGUGUAUUGAGUGGCUCGUAUGGACAACGUUGUGUAACGUCGAGUGAAACGAGGAAGCGUGACUGUCUAGUGCACCAACGACAUGUGAAAACAGCGAGCGCAGUGCUGCUUAUGGUAGGACGUUCCUGAGAGGCUCGUGCCUCACAAUAGACAAGGUCGUGCUCAACGGUCGCGGUAAAUGACAGUGGUGAUUGUUGAAACUGUGUGUAACAGCAGCCCGUGACAAUACAAUUGAUGACAUACAAAAGUGUGGCAAGUUAUUUAGUAAGAGAUUUAAGCCUUAGAACAACCAACAAUUCUGAUGCGGUGGAAGCUUUUGUAAGGGAUGACUUCCGCCGUUUUGUGCUGUAUCGUCUCUUCGCUAGUUCGCUAUUAAGGUUUCGUCAGUGGACCCGUCGGUGGACAAAUGAAAUGCGAUCUAGUAAUUAUUGGGUAUCUGAAUUUUACUACUUAAUUUUAGUUUGAAAAAAAUUGACAUUGUUUUUGUGUUCUCUUGACAAACGCGACGCUCCAUAGCGGAUUUUAGGACCUUUUAUCAAACAUGUUGAAAAGCUCGCUUGCGCAUUUAUGUCAAACAGCUCACGCCAGAUCGUCUAUUAGACCUUGCAUAGCCUAAUAGAAACAACUGAUUGGGUAAAAUGCAGCCAGGUCGUUCAAUGCACAAGUGCCCGUGUCGGAGCUCCAGUUCAUCAGGAUCUUCAGACAAUGAACUGCUCACAACUUCUUCAGAAUACUCAUUCUCCCGACCUUUCGCCUAUGCUUGUAAUAGUAGGGAUUGUUGGUGUUACUCCAGUCCAGAUAUAGGUGGCGUACCGAGAGCGUCAGUAGAAUCAGCACCCGAAGUUGUUCAAGGAGCGGUCUGGCGACCACCAAACAUUGCAUUAAUCUGUGAAUAUCUUGACAACAUGUGUACCCAAGAGAUGGGAGUUGGAAUCUAUCGGUGCCCGGUGUUCGUGGAGGACCUCGAAAUGACCCCGAUUCGGGGCCCGGACCGCGGGGGCUCGGCCGGAAGCGGCGGAGGAAGUGGCAGAGUUUCGGGAGCAAACGGCCAAACAAGCAGAGCUUUGCCGUCUUCUACAUCGUACAUUCAUCCAGGUUCAAGUGUCCUAUCUACGCAUGCAUCUCAACCAGCAACUCUUAUGUCUACACCCCCUCAGCCUGGACGAUCACAGUGCAAUACACUCACGAGGUCGAAUAAUCCACGGCCCCCAUAUCUAGCUGCCACAGAUUAUGUCUUCUACGUGCGGAGACAGACAGCCGCCUGUCAGGCCGCUCGAAAAAACGCGGACGGAGUUCACGAAGCUUCGAUGGAGGAACUCACAAACUUCACCGACCUUAUGCGGAAGCUUAAGGACGACCUGAAAUCUUCAUACAGCAGUUUUGUAGAGGAGUUUGUGACAGAUCCAAAUGACGGGGUAGCCCUGCUCUUAGACCUGUUGAAGAUCUAUAGACGAGGCAAUCAACAGGAGCACUUGGGGCAUCCUCUAACCCUUCGAAAUAACAAAGAUCGCCAGCAAAUCAUAAAAAAAAAUAUGUCUGAAGAGUUGGAUUGCAUCGAAUGCAUCUUCUACACUCUGCGCUGUAAGAAAUCGUUAAGUAAAUUGAUCGCCCAUGGAGGUGGUAUGACAUCAAUAGCCUCUUCGGUGAUGUCUUCAUGCACCGUCACACGAAAAUUUGCGCUACAGUUGAUGUCACGAGUCAUCGAAGAACACCCCCUGGGGUAUCAAAAAGUAAUGGAUUCUAUCUCAGCUGUGAGAGUGAUCCACGGAGAAACAGUGCGAUUUAAGUUCCUUGUGUCUAUGCUAUUGAACCGAAGUAAAAUGGCAACUGGCUUUGAGUUGGCUGCUCUAUAUUUUUUCAACUGCGUCCAUAUCUACACGCCAUCGGCAUCAGAUAAAGUGCGUAUACAGAAUGAGCUGGAUGAGGUUGGUUUCGAUAUAACAGCCCUAGAAAAGAAUCUAAUUGAAAAAGGCUUCCCAUCCCAAGAUCCCGUCUGGGAGGAAGUGCGUCGCUGGAAAGACAACUUCCUUAACGUUGACCACGCUCUCGCUGAGCGCAAAAAAAUUAAAAGCGAAAACUCUAAGUUACGCACAGAACUUGAGCUACUACGACGCGCCCUGAAGCGGCUCGAGGUGGAUAAAAUCUCGUUAAUGGGAAUCGAAAAGGAGUUGAAGGAACGCUGUAAGGGACUCGAGUUAGAAGUAAAUGCAUUGAAAAAGUCUGUUCCUGUUGCGUCAAAAAGUUCUUCUGCCAAAUCAUCAGAUACAGAAGAUUCGGACCACAGCGACAACACACAAGGAACAAACGAUUCUGGAAGAUCAUCGUUCAAGGAUUAUUCCCACCGAAAAUCGCGAGUUUCUUUAAGGGCAGGCGCUUCCACAUCCUCUAACUCAACGGCCGCUUCUCCCACAGCGCCUUCUCCUGACACGCAGCAAGUCGGGCAUACAACCCAUCAGCGGCAACUUUCGGACAGCGGCGAUGAGGCCAUUGACAUUUUACAGAUUCCGACCAUCCGUCCUCCUGAAGGAUUCACAACGGAUUGCCCUGUAGAUCCCGAACACAAUGUUUCGCAAGAUUCUUCUAAAGCGGCAGUUAUUGGUUACGUUGAGAAGGUAUCCGAAGGCCCCCUGGUGGUAACCGUCGGGAGAGCCAGUACCUCUACCAACGACAGCUGCUUCAAUAAUAAGAUUAGCAUUGGCAGUAACAGCAAUCUAAAGGGUGCAAGCAACGUAUCGAAAGCUACAACGCCCGUGGAGGCAGUGUCAUCUGGUGGUCCGGAACUUCUUGAAUGGAACUAUCCUAUAAUUCCUGAACCGCGGGUCCUCAGUUCAUCUCGGCCUGUCUCAAGAGCCUCACGAGCUCACUCAUCGGCAACGUUUUCAGUGGCCUCGAGCUCAGUCGCUUCCAAUGCGCGUACCAUGUCCAUUAUUAGCAACUGCUGACAUCUUCAUUGCAUUUUUUGUUUAUCCUGCCAUAACCGAGAAGGGACCCCCCAAUCAACGUCAACUUUCAAAGUAGCUCAACUUCGAGUCGCUCACUAGCGGGUUUCACGAUGUUGAGAUGGCAUAUUCUGUACAGCGAGCCCUGUGUAUAGUUUGAGUACGUCUCAUUUUUUUAGAAUGCGCCAACAUCUACAACUAAAUACUAUUAAGUCCGAAGUGCACGAUUCUAGAUACACAUCGUUGUUUGUCUCGCCGGUCGCGACUUGAACGAAAAUACCUUUUAAUGGGUCGUCAUUCCGUUUGGCAUGUGACGUAUUUAUUAUUAUUGAAUGUUAUCGUACCACCCACUAAUAUGCUACUUAUGCUCAACUUGAGCUCUUUACUCUUUCUCACAGGAAACAGAGAGAUUAAAAGUGGAUUCUUACCGAGCAUGGACAUUUGUAUACGUACCCACAUCUCCGAUCCCCUGAGAAUUUGGGUGUCAACAUUUCUGCUAGAAUCCCUGCUGUUUCGGUUCCUACGUGGACAGCGUAGGUCAACAGCGUACCUUGCGCCCGCUAAAGCUGUAUUAUAUAUGCUAAUUAUAAUGACGUUUCGCCGGUAGGUAGAGGAUAGCUAGACUAUCGUAAGACGAGCCUGCUUGAUCAUCGUGUGCUCUCUUUCAUUGGUUGACUGGAUAAAGAGGAAACAGACGCUACCGUGCCCAACGGAUCUGCGCCUCUGCUUGCGUGCGAUUGAAGUGAUUGCGUGCGUGUGCGUGAAGGACCUUUACCACUCACCGCGAUACGGCGGGUCGGUGCGGGUCCGCCUGAGAAGGACACAACGCACAACUAUCUACACAUAAAUGCGUAUUCAUCAAUAUGUUGAAACCAAGAAAGAGGAAAAGGCAGUCAACAAAUGAGGACAAUCGUUCGUAAUCAUGCUCCUGUCCGAGCGUGAAUCAGCAGGACCACCAAAAGG